UAUGUCACAGUGCUGUUGGCUCUCAUAAGAGAGGACAAGGGAGAAAAACCAGCAGUGUCUCUCCUGCCGAGGUUCCCAGAUGUGUUUGUAGGAGAUGACAUCACUCUGAUCUGUAAACGAGGGGGUGGAACGAUAAAAUGGUUCAUUAAUGGAAAGCUACAAUCAGAUCAGGAUUCUCCAAUGCUUCUUACAGCAGUGACAUCUAAAGACAACGGGGAGUACGUAUGUGAGCGGGGCGGAUUGAAGAGUGACCCGUACACACUCACUGUCGAAGAGCUGGAGCCUCACGCUCAGCUCUCUCCAUCUAUAGGUGGCGCUGUGAUGACCAAAGGUGAUGGAAGAAACCUGGUGCUGCAGGUAGACAAUGAUCCGAAUGGCUGGAAGUGUUUUGUGUUGCGGGGAGAGAGCAUGUUCACACUAGGAACCUCUGCUGAUAAGAUGAAGAACAGGGCUGUUAUAAUUGCAGAAUUGAACGAAGCAAAAAGAGCCACUUUCUGGUGCAAGAACGGUACACAACGAAGCAAUGCAGUGACGCUGAAAAUGACAGAGCUCAAGGUGAUGUUGGACCCUCCAGCCGUUCCUGCACUGCUGGGGGAGAGUGUGGCUCUCAGGUGUGCGGUCUGGGGUGGGAAAGCGGACAGAGCUGUAUUCUAUAAGGAUAAUAAGCAUAUCGCAACCACAACAGAAGACACAUACAUCAUCACCAACGCCACACAAGAUCAUACCGGACAGUACAGCUGUCACGCCACCUACAGGUACAGCCACAUCAGUGCAGAAGCUGUCCAGCAGGAAGGAGAUUCUGAUGCGCAGGAGUUAAAAGUUAUAGGUGGGCCUCCUGCUCCUACAGUGGAUUCAACGUCUCCUAAGAGUCUCGAGUGUUUCUGCAGAGACUGUCCUUCUUCCUGCACGUCCUACUGCUGGUAUCAAACAUUUCUUAAUGACUCAUUUGCACGCCAAAGACUACCUGAAAAUACACAGAUUAUUACCGUGGAGGAAGGAGGACUGUUCAGCUGCCGGAUGGAGUGUGGGAAAGGUUUCUCCCGAUUUAGCAACAUUUACAGCUACAAAGUUUAUGUCACAGUGCUGUUGGCUCUCAUAAGAGAGGACAAGGGAGAAAAACCAGCAGUGUCUCUCCUGCCGAGGUUCCCAGAUGUGUUUGUUGGAGAUGACAUCACUCUGAUCUGUAAACGAGGGGGUGGAACGAUAAAAUGGUUCAUUAAUGGAAAGCUACAAUCAGAUCAGAAUUCUUCAAUGCUUCUUACAGCAGUGACAUCUAAAGACAACGGGGAGUACGUAUGUGAGCGGGGCGGAUUGAAGAGUGACCCGUACACACUCACUGUCGAAGAGCUGGAGCCUCACGCUCAGCUCUCUCCAUCUAUAGGUGGCGCUGUGAUGACCAAAAGUGAUGGAAGAAACCUGGUGCUGCAGGUGGACGAUGAUCCGAAUGGCUGGAAGUGUUUUGUGUUGCGGGGAGAGAGCGGCUUCACACUAGGAACCUCUGCUGAUAAGAUGAAGAACAGGGCUGUUAUAAUUGCAGAAUUGAACGAAGCAAAAAGAGCCACUUUCUGGUGCAAGAACGGUGGACAACGAAGCAAUGCAGUGACGCUGAAAAUGACAGACCUCAAGGUGAUGUUGGACCCUCCAGCCGUUCCUGCACUGCUGGGGGAGAGUGUGGCUCUCAGGUGUGCAGUCUGGGGUGGGAAAGCGGACAGAGCUGUAUUCUAUAAGGAUAAUAAGCAAAUCGCAACCACAACAGAAGACACAUACAUCAUCACCAACGCCACACAAGAUCAUACCGGACAGUACAGCUGUCACGCCACCUACAGGUACAGCCACAUCAGUGCAGAAGCUGUCCAGCAGGAAGGAGAUUCUGAUGCGCAGGAGUUAAAAGUUAUAGGUGGGCCUCCUGCUCCUACAGUGGAUUCAACGUCUCCUAAGAGUCUGGAGUGUUUCUGCAGAGACUGUCCUUCUUCCUGCACGUCCUACUGCUGGUAUCAAACAUUUCUUAAUGACUCAUUUGCACGCCAAAGACUACCUGAAAAUACACAGAUUAUUACCGUGGAGGAAGGAGGACUGUUCAGCUGCCGGAUGGAGUGUGGGAAAGGAUUCUCCCGUUUCAGCAACAUUUACAGCUACAAAGCACAACCACUGUCAGAGUCUGUAAAUGUGAUGCCCAUCACGGUGGCUGUGGCUCUGGUGCUUCUCGUGGUGUUGAUCGUGGUGCCGAUCGUGGUGCUGAUCGCGCUGAAGUGCAGAAAACGUGGAGGAUUCAGUUUUCAGGCGACUGACAGGUGCACAGGUGGAGACUUUGAUCAAAUCCAGCUCAUCAGUUUACCACAUGCGUGUCGAGAGCAAGGACAAGGCUGA